AUGCUGUUCGUACCGCUUUGGCUUUGUACAAUACCAGCCGUACUGUCGUUGAGAUGUCGAUUAUUCGCCCAAAACAAUCGUCCCAUCUACGAGUGCAUCAAUAUUUCCACAGCAUCCGGAUCGGUUGCCAGUCGUGGCGUCACACUUCCGACAGUUCCGCCUGGAACAAUGACAUUCAAGAUAGUGAAUGCACGUGUCGAAACACUCGAAAGUGUCGGUAAUCCAGAAAUAGUGACAUUUAUGAUGAAUGACUGUCGCUUGAGUGCCGUCAGUACGAAUGCUUUUGCGCUUUCAACGAAUCUGAAACAAAUUGAUUUAUCGCACAAUUUAUUGACACAUUCCUCGUUCGACGCAUUCAAAUACCACAAUCACUCACCACCUCUUCAUCAACACAUCGAACGACUAAUCUUAUCGUAUAAUCGUUUCGAAGUUAUUCCUAACUUAAGUGCAUUGAAUGCACUACGUGAUUUAGAUUUAUCACAUAAUCAGAUUAUUCGUAUUCCUGAUGCUAGUUUAUUAUUACCGAAACUCGAAUGGAUCGAUUUAUCCUAUAAUUCAUUAACGAACGUACGUAAAUGGCAGUUUAGUAAUCGAAUACGAUUUAUUGAAUUACACGAGAAUCCAUGGAAUUGUGACUGUGCACUUCGAGAUUUUGUUGCAUUCCAACGAGAAACAUUGAUAAGUCGAUCGCUGCGUUGCAAGCAACCCCCUCCCUUACAUGGCAUCAAAUGGGACGAUCUUGAGCUUUCGGAUUUCACAUGUGGUCCUGAAAUAAGCGCACCGCUUCAUGAAGUGAUAAGUGCAUCAAGAGGUGAACUUAUUCAAAUGAAUUGCGAAGUGGUUGGUGAUCCAAUUCCGAAUGUUUCGUGGAUCACUAAUCAGUCGAAUGCUCCGCUGAAGUGGAAUAUCAACGAAGUGAGUGCUGAAGAUGAAAAUACCUACUGGUGUAUUGCAAGAGCUGGGUAUGGUAUGAUGAGGAAACGUUUUGAUUUGACGUUAUCUUCAAACGACAUAAAACUGCCGAGUGAUGCAGAUUUUCGUGAUUUAAUCAAUGAAAACGUUGAGUUCACUUCCUUAGUAGAUGAUGAAACUGAUGGUCACAUGUCUGUGCUAUCAGCAGAUGAAAACGCUGAUGAUGGAACGCGAAACGUAUGGAUGAAGAACGAUGAUUCUGACAUUAUGUUGAAAAUAUUGUUGGGGGGACAUCCAUUUUUGAUGGUUAUUCUGUUGACUGUGAUUGUGUUAGCGUGUGCUUUACUAUUGUCGUUUUGUGCUUUUGUCUAUCGAAUGCACACAACGAGUCGUCGCAAUCAUAUGUUGCCCGAACGAAAGUGUUUCAUUGCGAACGAACGUAAUUUGUUGGUACAAGAUCAAAAUGUUACCACUAAAAUCACUACAAGUUCCAGUAAUAAGUGCGGCAGUAGCCCGCCGCUCGUGAUCAUUAAUCAUACUGAUAACGGCAUUCAAUCAGGACUCAACAAUUCGACAUUAUCAGUUCAGAAACCGAUAACUGAUUCCAAUCACUACGAUGAUAAUUCAUCGGAAGGGAUGCAAUUAGAUCGAUGUCAUUUAGAUGAAUGGACCCCAAAAGCACCACUUGCUCAAUACGAUAGAGAUACUUCAGUAUUACCAAUUGUGCAAACAUCAUUAUAG